AUGUCAAAAGAAAAGUCAUGACCUCUCAGAAUGUUCUGAGAUUCUAUUGGAUAGUUCCAGUGGAGAAAGAUUAGACUCCUCAGAAGCUAAUUGACUAGGGAAGGAUCAGGAAGACAAGACACACCAGAAGGGGGAGGGAAUCUACAAUGGAAGGACACAAGAAAGAUCAGCUGGAUUAAGUAGUCAUGAUUAUGCAAAGCCAUAUCCAGAGACCAAGGUGUAAAGCAGGGAUUAUUUAAAGAAGCAAAGCAUCUUAUGAAACCAGAGUGGAGGUGCACUAUUAGAUUGAGCACUUUGGAUGAGAAAGCCUGGGAAAGACCCUUGCUGACUGAGCUGAGAAUUAUUGAAACAGUUGUAGAGCAUGAUGAAGAAACAUAAUUUUUCAAGAAUGAAAAUGGUAUGCCCCCAGAGAGAGCAAGGUCGGAGAAAAUGGAAAUCUUAAGAUUGGCUCAGUCAAAAAGAAACAUUAUCAGUUUGAACAUGGACCUUGAAAGGGAUAUGCAGAGAAUAGAUGAAGCAAAUCAGAAACUUCUUCUCAAAAUCCAAGAGAGAGAAGAUAAGAUUCAGAGGCUGGAAAGUGAAACCAUUCAGAUGGGGGACCUGGUGGAAGAUGAAGAGUGGGAGAAGGAGAACCACACCACGAUGGAAAGGGAAAGAGCUUUGCAGGAGCUGGAGGAAGAAACAGCCAGACUCGAAAGGAAGAAUAAGACGUUGGUCCACAGUAUAACAGAACUUCAACAAAAGCUUACAAGGAAAUCACAAAAGAUAACCAAUUGUGAACAAAGCAGUCCAGAUGGAGCCCUACAAGAGACAAAGGCUAAGUUACAACAGCUGGAAGCUUCCUAUGCACGCCAAGAGAAGGAGCUGCUCAAGGUAAUGAAGGAAUAUGCAUUUGUGACCCAGCUCUGUGAAGAUCAAGCCCUCUACAUAAAGAAGUACCAGGAAACGUUGAAGAAAAUAGAAGAAGAACUAGAGGCUCGGUUCCUUGAGAGAGAAGUAUCAAAACUCGUGAGCAUGAACCCUGUGGGAAAAGAGCAUACCAGCCAAAAUAAUAAGGGUACUCCUACCCAAAAGACAGCAACAUUAUUCAGUAAAAAGAUUUUUUGCUGUCUCUUUUUCAUCACUCUAUUUUUCAUCAGACUGCUGAGCUACAUGUUUUUUCAUGUAAGAUUCAUAAAUCCAGAUCUCCUCGUCAAUGUACUGCCCAAGGUACUGAGCAGGAGCACCUUGUGGAAGCUCAGAUGCUUCUUCUUUCCAUCUCUCACACUUGAGACAGAGGACAUGUUACCCCACUGAUUCCCCAAGAAAUAUCCUUGAGCGACAGAAGGGAAGUGGGAUCCGAGCCUGUAGAAGGGAGGCAUGAAACUUGCGGCGGAAAGAGAUUUGCUUCAGUUUUUUCCUCACCAUUUGCCUGUUUGACUACCUUCUGUCACCACGUCAUCUUUCCAGGAUUAACCUUGACCAGUAAAAAGCUCUGUAAUAGA